GAUUGGUCAAUCGCCGGCCUCACACCUGCCGCCAUCUUGAAGUGGACACUGGCAAGCCAGUUUAGAGGCGACAGACAAUGGACAAGGCGGGCUUACGAGUCGACUCGAUUCAACGCGACUCGACGUUGCCAACCUUCUCGAGGCACUGGACAAGCCAAAGCACGUUACUAUGACACCUUGACAACAGGACUGGGCGUUGAAUGUGCCCACAAUCAGACGCGAAGAGCUGUUCUUUCCCACCGAAUUGUGCACAGACCUGCUUUCGCAAAAGGUCUUCUCAUCCACGGCGGUCGGCAGUCUUGA